UAAGACUUUUUGUCGUAAUAAGCAUAACAUCACCCACUAUUCCUACCUAUAAAUCUAGGUUCAUCCUUCCCCAAUCCUUCCCAACAAUCUUAGACAGCUUUCAAAGAGUUUCUUGCUUAGAGAAAGAGAAUAAGAAGAAAGCGUAGCUAGAGAGAUGGGUCGAGCUCCUUGUUGUGAUAAAAACAAUGUGAAGAAGGGACCAUGGUCACCGGAAGAGGAUGCUAAGCUUAAGGCUUAUAUUGACCAGUUUGGUACUGGAGGAAACUGGAUUGCACUUCCUCAAAAAGUUGGGCUUAAGAGAUGCGGAAAAAGUUGCAGACUGAGAUGGUUGAAUUACUUGAGGCCUAAUAUCAAGCAUGGUGGAUUCUCUGAAGAAGAAGACAAUAUCAUCUGCAGCCUCUACAUAAGUAUUGGCAGCAGGUGGUCCAUAAUUGCUGCACAAUUACCGGGAAGAACAGAUAACGAUAUCAAGAACUAUUGGAACACAAGACUGAAGAAGAAGCUACUUGGAAGGCGCAAACAAUCUAGCAACAAUCGGCUAUCAUCCACGAAUCCAGAUGCCAAUGGCGUAGAAGAUAGCUCAUCUUCACAGGCCUUAAGCAACUCAGCACUUGAAAGGCUCCAGCUGCAUAUGCAGCUUCAAAGCCUUCAAAACCCUAUCUCUUUCUACAACAAUCCUGCACUGUGGCCCAAGUUGCAUCCUUUCCAAGAGAAGAUUCUCCUUCAAUCUUUGAGUGAAAUCUCUAACCCUCUUAUGCAAUAUGCCUUCCCUAGUACUCAACAAGGGGAUGCGCAAAAGGUUGAUAUCUAUGGGCAGCUAGUGGAUCCCGACACACUUCAACAAGGUCAUCCAAAAUUCAGCAAUUCAAACGUAGUCAGCUUGGAGAAUUCUUUGAAUGUUAUAACAUCCUCGGACAGUCCUCUUCCCUUCACCAAUGGUAAAAAUGUAAUGGACUUGACUAUUGUGCCAAGAGCAGGCAUGGCAGACCAAUCUGAUGCAGCAGUUCAGCCUGUCUCAAAUUUCCAAUCUGAGCUCGAAAACUUUCUCAACAACAAAACAUCAGGUUUUACUGCACAGGGGGAUCAGAUUUGUGAAUAUGAUUGUUUCAAAGAAAUGAAUGGUUCUAGGGACAACAUGAAUUGGUGGUCUAAUGACUUUGAGACAAAAUCAGCGUCCUCGAAUUCUUGGGAUUCCACUUCUGUUCUUCAGUCUGAAGGGAUGUUUCAAGAUUAUGAAUUAGGUUAUAAUAUGUAAUCUCCAAAAAAAAAAAACAGAAGGAAAUAUUCGGGAGUGGUAUGAGCUUAUUUCAUAAGAUGUACUGGAAGAAAGACAGAAGUCUAUUGGCUGCAGGUUUUGUAAAUUGUGUGAAUAAUAAUAUCAAUGUCCUGUUCAGAAUAUUUUCAUAUCAAA